AUGGAUCCCGAAGCCUUCUCGGCGAGCUUGUUCAAGUGGGACCCAAGAGGUGCUAUACCACAUCCAAAUCGGCUGCUAGAAGUGGUGGCAGUACAACCACCUCCACCGCAGCCGCCGCCACCACCACCACCACCACAAGUGGCGUAUUCAAUCAGGCCGAGAGAGAUUGGAGGGCUAGAGGAGUUGUUCCAAGAUUAUGGUAUUAGAUACUACACUGCGGCCAAGAUAGCCGAGCUUGGGUUCACUGUUAACACCCUGUUAGACAUGAAGGAUGAGGAACUUGAUGACAUGAUGAAUAGCCUCUCCCAGAUUUUCCGGUGGGACCUCCUCGUUGGUGAGAGGUAUGGUAUAAAAGCCGCCGUAAGGUCCGAGCGGCGACGCCUUGAUGAGGAGGAAGCACGGCGGAGAUACCUAUCCUCCGGUGACACCACCAACGCCCUCGACGCACUCUCCCAAGAAGGGUUAUCGGAGGAGCCGGUACAACAAGAGAAGGAUGCAGCGGGAAGUGGUGGUGGAAGAGGAGGGACGUGGGAGGCGGGUGCAAAAAAUAAGCAGCGUCGGAAGAAGGCCGGUGCAAGAAUGGCGUCAUUGGAGGAUGAUGAUGAGACGGAGGGAGCGGAGGAGGAUGACAAUGGUGGUGGAGGUAAUGAGAGGCAGCGCGAGCACCCUUUUAUUGUGACGGAGCCAGGUGAGGUGGCGCGUGGAAAGAAGAACGGCCUUGAUUACCUCUUCCACCUCUAUGAACAGUGCCGUGAAUUCUUGAUCCAAGUUCAGAAUAUUGCGAAGGAAAGAGGAGAGAAAUGCCCCACCAAGGUGACAAACCAGGUAUUCAGGUAUGCAAAAAAGGCCGGUGCUAGCUACAUAAACAAACCCAAAAUGCGACACUACGUUCACUGCUAUGCACUGCACUGCCUCGAUGAGGAGGCAUCCAAUGUGCUGAGGAGAGCUUUCAAGGAGAGAGGAGAGAAUGUUGGGGCGUGGAGGCAGGCAUGUUACAAGCCCCUCGUUGCGAUUGCAGCUCGACAAGGGUGGGAUAUUGACACCAUCUUCAACACGCAUCCCCGGCUCUCGAUUUGGUACGUUCCCACCAAGCUCCGGCAGCUAUGCCACUCGGAACGGAGUGGCAGUGUCACCACGGCUUCCAGCUCGGUCGCUGGUGGGGGUGGUCACAUACCUUUCUGA